ACCUUUGAAUGGCAAUCAUAUAAAGGGACGCUUGCAUUGUAGUUGUAAUUGUACCAAUAAUAAUUGUACUUGCAUCGCAUGAUUUGCAACACUUGAGUUAUGAAAACCGAUAUAAACGAAAAAUGGAUAGUUUGCCGAGUAUGCUUAAAUAACGCAAGCGAUGGCGAAGAGGUGUUGCAAGAUAUAUUUAGCAAAAAUGCCAACACCCGCCUGGACCAAAUGCUGCACAUCUGUGCUGGGAUUCCCGUCAGCAUGGAUGACAACUUCCCGGACAAGAUGUGCCGAAAAUGUGUUAAACGAUUGCGAGAAGCCUACAAAUUCCGGGUAACUUGCCAGCGAUCGCAUCAACAUAUUGCGGACUUGCUGGCGACGGAAUUGAGCACGGGAAUUGCUGGGGGCGAUGAGGAGGAAGUCGAUAGCGAGAAUACCAGUGAAAUGAACACAGAAAUCAAACUGGAGGAAGAUGGGGAUGAGGCAACAUCUGAGUUUAUCAACUACGUGGUUUCUGGUGAAGAUGCCGAUGCUGAUGACGAUACCAUUGUCUAUGAUGCCACCACAGCUGAGGAGGAGCAGAAUCCCGUUGUCUACGAUGGCACCAAGAUUGUUACUGUGACAGAGGCCGAAAUUGAGACAGAAACGGAUGCCGAGAACUUCCAGGACUAUGAGGAACUGGAGGUUUUGUCAACCGAAGCACUGAAUCCAACUGCCACAACAGCUGUAACCACAAGAAGCACACGACGCAUUGUGUGGACCGAAGUGCCAGAUAACGAUAUGGUCAAUGAUAUCUUAAGCUCCGAUGACGACAGCUACUUGCCAAAGACCAAGGCGCAGCCUCGAAUCUUGAAUCGCGUGCGCCAGCCCCGAAAGGUACAGCAAAAACCCAAGUCCACUGCAACCUCAAUGGAUGGCACGCAUGAAGAGAAGAAAAUCGGUCGCAAGCCGCGAGACAAGCACUCCAACUAUAUAUGCGACGUUUGUGGCAAUAUCUACCCCUCUCAAGCACGUCUUACCGAGCACAUGAAAUUCCACAGUGGUAUCAAACCACAUGAAUGCGAAAUCUGUGGCCGUGGAUUUGUUCAGAAUCAGCAGCUGGUGCGUCACAUGAAUACACACACAGGAAAUAGACCAUAUAAAUGUAAUUUUUGCCCUGCUGCUUUUGCUGAUCGCUCCACCAAGACGAAACAUCAUCGCAUACACACCAAGGAGCGUCCUUAUGAGUGUGAUGUGUGCCUUAAAACUUUCACAUAUUCAGAUAAUUUGAAAUUUCACAAGAUGAUACACACAGGUGAAAAGCCGCACGUCUGCGAUCUGUGUGGCAAAGGAUUCGUUAAGGCGUACAAAAUGCGCCUGCACCGUGUGACGCACGAGAAACGAGGUCCCUGGAAAGCCGUCGAUAUGGACACGGAGAGACAGGAUCGUAUUAAAGAUGACAUCUCCGAUAUGGUUAUUAGCAUGUAACUCCCACUCCCGGCCUAGGCCUCGUACAAAUUAUAAUUAUAGCCUUAUCUUGUAUUUGACAUUCAGAUGUUUUCUUAUUUGCGUUUCAUUCCUGCUAAAACAGAAUAAUACAACAAAACAUCAAGUUGUUGGUUUC